AUGGUCUACGCCGCAAUCCGCGGGCGCCCCCAGCACCGCGGCGGGCGUGGGUUACGUUUCCUGCGAGGAGAAAACAACAACCCCGGGUCCGUGGUGAACAGCCCAACGUCGUGGCCUGGGUCCGACUUCAAGCUCGAAGGGUUCCAGGCUGGCUCGGUGUACCUCUGGGCCUGCGGCGAGCGCGACCAAGACGAUGGUGAAGCUCCGGUGACCGUUCCCGAAGCAGUGGCAGCCUGGGUUAUCCUGUUGACUCAAGCGAUAUGCUACGCCCGGCUGUGGUACGUCGGUGGAAACGAAUUUACCGACAGCGACACCUCGUCCGAGACCAUCGACUACUCAAUGCUGGCCAUAGCAGUGUCCAUGUACUUGCUCUUGUCGAUAGCGGUGGCGGACCUGUGCGGAGGCUGUGCGCUCGUCGUGGAAGGACGCGGCUCCGGCGAUGAGUUUGUGUGGUUUACGGGACGGAGGCUGUUCGGCGUGUUCCUGGUGGCGACGUUGCUCACGCUAAUCGGGGCCUCGGUGCGGGUGCUGUUUUUCUCGUCCGAGGACAACGUGAACCUUGUUAUCGGGGCCGCCGCCGUCCUGUUCAUCGCCGACGUGGACGAGAAGGCCCACACCGUGCUCAAAAACGUUUCCGGAAAGUGGCGCCUGUUUUGGGUGCUUGAGGUCAUUGGUAUGAGCUUCGUUCUAGCGACCUUUUCCGUGAAAGCGACCGGAAACGAUGGCCGAGUUGCUGGCAGAGAACCUGACAGAGCCGCUUGCGCUGCAUGGACGGACGGGGACGACUGCGACAUUUUCACCUGGCCGUAUAUUUUUCUUGAGCUGCCUUUGACCGUGACGGUGUGUGCGUUGCUGAUAACGAGCGAAGUUUCGGAGCCGAUUUCGCCCAUCCAUGUGCGGAGGUUUCACGAUCGACCUUGUCAAUGGAGCAUGUUUUCGUUGUUGGCGCUAUGCUGGGUAUCAAUGCCCUACUUUUGGAGGUGGACAAUAGUUUAUGCGCUGGUUAUUGUCUUGUUUGUGGUGGUUGUGGCGUUGGUCAUCGCGUGCCGCUCGUUUCGAGAGUUGUAUCGGGCUUUCACCCGAGGAGCCGAACGAUUUAGCGCAACUGACAAGCGCCGGCGGUUCUACCUUUUUUGGGCCGGAAUGGUAGUCCAGUUGCUGUGGGUAACCCUCGACGCAAUAUCUUUCUCGUUGUCCGACGAUGACGAGGACGAUGACUCACACUUUUUCCCCGAUAGCGUGUAUUCACCUGCGGUGAACGCCAUAAUCACUCUCGACACGCUUGUGCUUUGGCUAUUUAUUCGUGGUGGGUUUGUGGAAUGGGAUUGA